GGUGACUGGGGGAUGGCCUCCUAAGCCACCACCACUGCAGUAUGAUAUGCUUGUUUCAUGUCUAAAAGGAGAACUCGGAUGUGUUCUCCGCCCUGAACAUCCUGGCCCCACGCUAUGGUGUCUUCAAUUGCUCCAGUCCACUUCAAGUUUGAGUGCAUUGAUUCUGACAACACUGUACCGUCAACAGUCUCAAUAUCUGUCUGCGCGCAUCUGUCAAGCUCACUUCUCUGCGUGGGAUGUCACUCAAGCCGAUGCAUAUGCGCAAGUGUGAUUCAUCUUCUUCAACAAGCUGACGCGUUUGGUGCCAUUGCGCACCUGCGCCCGAGACUGUAAUCGGGAAUGUCGACGAUGCCGCACCCUCAUGGCACUCACGUAGUCUCCCAUGAAAGCAGAUCUACCGAGUCGCUUUCAUCGCAGGAGGCCAUGCGACGCCAUUCUCGAAACCAUCGUCGACGGUCGCACCAACCUGAUGUCGAAGCACAAACCCCUCCUCCUCCCCCCUCCUCAAACCAUACGCGCAAUCCUCAUCCCCAACACCACGUCCAUAUCCAAAACAACCCCGAAGUGGAGGAACACCACCACCGCAACAAAAACCACCGAGACCAUUCGCCGGACCUUCAUCGCACCGAUACCAAUGUCUCCAAGUCGACCAUGAAAUCCUUGCGGAGGCGAGGGCGCUCCGACACAGCCAACAAUGUGAUAUACGGGACAGAGGAGCUGAGCAGAACUACCGGCUGGGUACCAGGACUGGAACCUGGAAUAGACACCAGCAAACCAGCUCCGCCGUACAGUGAGGGCCAGCCGGACCCUCUACCGCACGAAAGCCUGAAGCAGCGAUGUGAAAUAACUGUGGUGGAUUUCAGCAGCGACGAAGUCUCCACGUACGACCUGGACAACGAUAAUAUCGAAGAAUUCCUCCAGAAAGGACCUGCGCCCUGGGCCGAGGUCAGAUGGAUCAACGUGAACGGGCUGUCAUGGGAUGUGAUCCGGGUUCUAGGGAACCACAAGCGACUACACCGACUGGCGAUCGAGGAUCUGCUCAACGCCAAGAACCGGACAAAAGUGGAUUGGUACAGUGAUCACACAUACAUGGUUCUGCCUCUGCAAAAGCUCAUCAAUCUCGAGGACGAAGAGGAGGCCACGUCUUCCGACGAUUCAGACUCCGACAUGGGCUCCGUCAACGAGCGAGAAUCCGACUAUGGGGCGAGAAUCAUCACUGAGCGACAGCGAAGAAAGCGGGAACAGAAGCGACGCAAAGGCGCCAUUCGUUCACUAUGGGACGAUAUCUGGAAGCCCAAAAAGAGGAAGAUGCCGGCAGGGCAGCCCGACAUUGUCAACAAGAUCAGAUCAGCCAACAAUCUCCGGGUCUCGAAUAAGAUCGAAACCCCCUGGGCACCCAAACACAUCCGCACCAUGCAGCGGUACCACGCGGGACCGAACCAAGACCGCAUCGAGUACAUGGAACGACAUGCCGUGUUACGGAGAAAAGGCAUUGGGGUCUCAAUCGAGCAAGUGUCUAUUUUCCUGUGCGCCGACAACACAGUCAUCUCAUUCUUCGAAUACUCCGCCAACGACGUCCAAACCCCCAUCAUCCACCGGCUGCAGUCGCCGGGGACCAUCCUGCGCCAGUCGGCCGAUGCAUCCAUGCUUGCACAGGCCAUCCUCGACGCCAUCAUCGACCUCGCCCUGCCCGUCACCACGGCCUACCAAGACUCCAUUGGCGACCUGGAACUCGACGUCCUCACCGACCCGGCCAUCCACCAAUCUACGACACUGUACAUUCUGACAUCGGAAAUCGCCAUUCUUCGCAACGGCAUAGCCCCGAUCGUCCAACUGAUCGGCGCUUUGAAAGACCACAAGACCGACGCUCAAGCCGCCGCCGCCGCUGUGGGCCGUGUCCCGAGCCCGUCUCCAGACCGCAACGGCAGCCUAGGCUUUGGCUUUGCACAACAACAGCACAACUCAAAUACUGCGCCGCCCAGCUUCCAGCGCAAGCAGACGGGCGUCACUUCAGGCGUGUCCAUCUCGCCCAUGACCAUCACGUACCUAGGCGACGUCGAGGACCACGCGCUCCUCAUCCAGGAUUCGUACGAUCAAAUGCGCCGCAGCGCCGAUAACCUCGUCGACCUGAUUUUCAACACCGUUUCCGCCUACCAGAACGAAAGCAUGAAGCAGCUGACUAUUGUGACGUGUUUCUUCUUGCCCCUGAGUUUCCUCACGGGCUAUUUCGGCAUGAACUUUGCCACUUUUCCCGGCGUCACCGAGCAUAGCGAUGGCUUCUUCUGGGUCCUCGCUGCCCCGGUCAGUGUCGUCGUCUUUUUACUGCUGAUGCGGGAUGUCAUGUCCCGUGCUGUUGUGCGCUGGGCCAACAAAGCCCUCAUUGCUCGAGGCAGGAAGAGGAGGCUAGAGGAACGCCAGUGAUAGUGACUAUGCCGCUGCUGGCAGCUUUGGGUAGUCAGAUAUCCUAAUAGAGUGCGCCUUGUCCUCGCCGUGUCUGGGCGGUGUUCUUUCUCGGUACGGCGCCGAUCCUGGAGACAUGUGAAGAUCUUUUUGGCCCGGUCCCUGCCGUGGUGUACAUAAUGGGGGGUUGCACAAAUACGGACUUCCAGUACAUAAUCUUACUAUAGCGCGGAGUUGGGUGAAUUCUUUGGUGUCACGAGUGCAAGACAUGAAGACAUAUAGACACGAAACAAGAGCAAAACUGGCCUUGGGCCUUUCCAUUCUGAAAGGAAACCAUGUAAAACUCCCAUUCUGCCAACCUGAACACCACCAACGCCACGCUAAAUCUUUCACACAAUUAGGUCAUAAAAAUGCAGAAACAAAGGGUUCUUUGGCUUCUCCUCAUGAGUCAUCCGAAGGGGUAUCAUCGAAGCACCAUCAACCUGCCCGUGCAACUUUUGAUAAGAAAGACAAAAGCACAAGGGCCAUUCUGUCGUCGCCGGCGAUAACGCAGA